AUGAAAACGCCAAAACAGAGGCUCAGACUGCUCCAAGAAUGUAAAGACCUAGACAUAUCAUUCCACCUGCUUAUUGGUCACGCUAAGGAUGUUUUACCUCCAUUUGUGAAAGAGAAUAAGAUAGGAGGGGUGGUGACAGAUUUCUCUCCCUUGAGAGUUCCAGCAGAGUGGGUGUCUGAUGUUACAAAAGCUCUCCCUAAAGAUGUCCCUUUUUGUCAAGUUGAUGCUCAUAACUUGGUUCCAUGUUGGGCAGCUUCACCCAAACUGGAGUACGGAGCCCGGACCAUCAGGAACAAGAUACACAAUCAGCUAAGCCAGUUCUUAACAGAAUUCCCACCAGUCUGCAAACACCCACACAAAUCAAAGUCACCAAGUAAGCCAGUUGAUUGGUCAGCUGCUGAGGACAGUUUGGAGGUGGAUCGUAAGGUUACAGAGGUGGACUGGGCGGUGCCCGGAAGUACAGCCGGACUGAACAUGCUGGAGUCCUUCUGUAAAGAGAGACUUAAGUACUUUGGAUCAGAGAGAAAUAACCCAAAUAAAAACGCCCUCAGCAACCUGUCACCCUGGGUCAAAUUUGGACAGAUAUCAGUGCAGCGCUGUAUCCUGACAGUAAGACAGUACCGCAGUAAAUACAAGGAGUCUGUGGAUUCAUACAUAGAGGAGGCAGUCAUAAGGAGAGAGCUGUCUGAUAACUUCUGCUACUACAAUGAGAAAUACGACUCCAUUGAAG